AUGCCGCCAGGGGCCAACAGACAGAAGGUUUCGCUGUCAUUUGACGACGAUUCGGGCAGUGAAUGCUCCUCAGAUGAGGACCAACGGACAGAGCGCCAGCCCGUCGUGUUCAAAAGGAUGGGCAAAGAUGCUGCGCAUAGACUGAAACAAUACAGUGCAGGCGCCGGUACCCAGCUGGGAGAUCAGCGUGUAGCUAAGCAACCUUCGGCUCAAAUCGCUGUACACCAUUCACCAAAUCAGGAUACUUCUACUGGUCCUGUAGUGAGCAGUACAACAAAGUCUACAGUAUACAACAGCCCCAUCACGUCAGAGGGUGCCACGCUGUACCCGCUCCCGCCGAGCAAAAGGUACUCACCACCGUUCCUUGCAGACUACGGACGCCAUAACGUCAUCACGAUGCUAGAAGGUAGAGAGUCCAUCUCUGCGUUUAGGAACCCGCAGUCGCAAUUCUCACAGGCUGCGAAACAGGGCAGCAACUUGAUCCACAGAGAACGGGCUACGAGGCAUCGCGCAAGAAGAAACAACACGGACUCGUCGCUGCAAUCCACCACUUUGGGCAACGUACUGGGCGUACAAGCGAAUCCAAUCGCAGAGAAACACGAGCCUCCUGACACGAACUCCCAGGAACCUACAAGGGAAAUGAUUCAGUUGCAAAGGGAAUCCCUUCCGGCGUACAAAGUGCGCGAAGAACUUGUCUCGCUCGUCAGGUUUAACCAGGUUUCCAUCGUUAUCGGGGAGACAGGGUCUGGGAAAACGACACAACUGGCCCAGUUCCUCCACGGUGACGGAAUCUCGUCCAUCGCCAUCACACAGCCCCGGAGAAUCGCUGCAAUGUCUGUUGCACGGAGGGUCGCGCAGGAGAUGGACGUCGCCCUGGGGGCAGAGGUUGGAUACUCGAUAAGAUUCGAGGACGUCACCUCGAGCAAGACGCAGAUCAAAUUCAUGACAGACGGUAUCCUGCUACGGGAGACCCUGCUGGACCCGUACUUGUCCCACUACGACUGCAUUAUUAUAGACGAGGCACACGAACGGUCGCUCAACACAGACGUGCUCAUGGGUAUCCUAAAGGACUUGCUUACCAAAAGGAAAGACAUCAAACUGAUCAUCACCUCAGCGACCAUCAACGCGGCAAAGUUCUCCAAAUUCUUUGGGAACGCACCACAGUUUACCAUCCCGGGGAAGACUUUUCCUGUUGAUGUCGUCUAUGCGAAAACACCAGUGGACGAUUACGUCGAGGCGGCCGUACUGGAGGCAACAAGGAUCCAUUUGGGCACCGCAAUAGAGAGCGGCGACGUUUUGAUCUUCAUGACGGGCCAAGAGGACAUCGAGGUGACAGAGAACGGGAUCAAGGAAAAACUUUUGCAAGUCUACAGCAAAAGGGACGCCCAAAUAUCCACUUUCGAGGACAUUAAGGAUCUAGAGGUAUACCCAAUAUACUCCGCAUUACCGCCAAACCUACAAAAUAGAAUCUUCCAUAAACUAGACCCAUCAAAGAGGAAGAUCGUCAUUGCGACAAACAUCGCCGAGACGUCGCUUACUAUCGACAGUAUCCGUUACGUUAUCGAUAGUGGAUACUCCAAGCUGAAAGUUUUCAACGCCAAAAUAGGACUCGAUACGCUUGCGGUCACACCAAUAUCGUGUGCCAAUGCAAACCAGAGGUCAGGGAGAGCGGGACGUACAGGGCCAGGGACAGCGUAUAGACUGUACACGGAGGAAACUUACGACGACGAUAUGUAUCCGCACACCAUUCCAGAAAUCCAAAGGACAAACUUGUCCAACACCAUCCUGUUAUUGAAGUCGUUAGGUGUAACGGAUAUUUUGCAGUUCCCGUUUAUCGAUAAACCCCCGACGGAGACACUACUUGCAUCAAUGUACGAACUUUGGUUCAUUAAUGCUCUAGAUAAUUUUGGGGCAUUGACACCGUUAGGGAGAGAGAUGUCCAAAUUACCGCUACCACCGUCGCUGUCCAAGGUUCUCAUCGUGGCCUCACAGUAUGAUUGCUCUGAGGAGAUCUUGACUAUUGUGUCGAUGUUAUCAGUGCCGUCUGUUUUUCAUAGACCGAAAGAGUACGAGAAGGAGUCUGAUUUGGCAAGAGCGAAGUUCUUCGUCCCGGAAUCAGAUCAUCUAACACUGUUGAACGUAUUCUCUCAAUGGAGGCAGAACAGAUACUCCGCUCAAUGGUGCCAACGUCAUUUCCUUGUGCAUCGCUCCUUGGCACGAGCAAAAGAUAUCCGUGAACAACUGGCUCGCAUUAUGACAAGAAACAAGAUCCCCAUAAGCUCGUCGGGAUCGGACUGGACCAUUAUCAGGAAGUGCAUUUGCUCUGGUUUUGCGCACCAAGCGGCCAAAAGCUCAGGGUUGGGUAAAUAUGUGAGUUUGAAGACGGGUCUCCGUGUUGACGUGCACCCAACUAGCGCACUCUUCGGGUUGGGUGACCCGCCGCCGUACAUUAUAUACCAUGAGUUGCUGAUGACUACGAAGGAGUACAUGAUUUGUAACACGGCGGUGGACCCCUUCUGGCUGAUGGAAUACGGUGGUUUGUUGUACAACAUAAAGAGAAUCGGGUCGUCAACUGCGGAUUCGGUGAUGUUCCCAGGUAGUGAAACCGGUACUGCACGGACAGCAAAGGAUCCGCUGGACGAACAAAUCAAACUCUGUGAGACGCAUCGGUCAAACAACAUCGAACAAUUGAAGCUUGACGCUUCAAAGUACGAAGAGGAGAAGAAACGAAGAGUCGAGGACUUGCACAAGAGGAAGUUGCAGAAAGCAGAUACAUCAUCGACAGUGGGGAUGUCAUUCAAACGACGGAAACCGUUCAGGUAA